AUGCAGAAGAGCGUCCGUUACAACGAAGGGCACGCGCUGUUUCUGUCCGUGGUCGCGCGUAAAGAGGGGACUAAGCGCGGCUACCUGUGUAAAAAGACGGCAGAGAACAGCCGAUGGCACGAGAAGUUCUUCGCACUCUACCAGAAUAUAUUGUUUUACUUCGAGAACGAGCAGAGCGCGCGACCAGCCGGGAUUUACCUGUUGGAAGGAUGCACCUGCGAGCGCACGCCGGCGCCCAAGAUGUCCACCACUGGGAAGGAAGCGCUGGAGAAACAGCACUACUUCCUGGUUGUGUUUGGCCAUGAUGGACAGAAGCCUCUGGAGCUGCGGACGGAUGAGGAGGUUGAGUGCGAUGAAUGGGUGGAAGCCAUCCAGCAGGGGAGUUACUCUGACAUCAUCAUUGAACGAGAGGUCCUGAUGCAGAAAUACAUCCACCUCGUGCAGAUCGUGGAGACAGAAAAGGUGGCUGCCAAUCAGCUGCGCACCCAGCUAGAAGAUCAGGACACAGAAAUUGAGAGGCUCAAAGCAGAGAUUGUAGCUCUGAACAAAACUAAGGAGCGAAUGCGGCCUUACCACGUCAACCAUGAAAACGAAGACCCAGAUAUCAAGAAGAUCAAAAAGGUGCAGAGCUUCAUGCGGGGCUGGCUCUGUCGGAGGAAGUGGAAGAUCAUCGUUCAGGACUACAUCUGCUCCCCUCACGCUGAGAGCAUGAGGAAGAGGAAUCAAAUAGUCUUCAACAUGGUGGAGGCAGAGACAGAGUACGUCCACCAGCUCUACAUCCUGGUCAACUGUUUCCUCAGACCUCUGAGGAUGGCUGCCAGCUCCAAAAAACCCCCCAUCAGCCACGACGAUGUCAGCAGCAUCUUCCUCAACAGUGAGACCAUUAUGUUCCUGCAUGAGAUCUUCCAUCAAGGCUUAAAGGCGAGGAUAGCCAACUGGCCAACUUUGGUGCUGGCUGACCUGUUUGACAUCCUGCUGCCCAUGCUCAACAUCUAUCAGGAGUUUGUACGUAACCAUCAGUACAGCCUGCAGGUUUUAGCCAACUGUAAGCAGAACAGAGAUUUUGACAAGCUGCUGAAACAAUACGAGUCUAACGCCGCCUGUGAGGGAAGGAUGCUUGAGACCUUCCUCACAUACCCCAUGUUCCAGAUUCCUCGAUACAUCAUCACCUUGCACGAGUUACUAGCACACACUCCUCAUGAGCAUGUGGAGCGCAAGAGUCUUGAAUUUGCCAAGUCCAAAUUAGAAGAACUGUCCAGAGUAAUGCAUGAUGAGGUGAGUGACACAGAAAAUAUCCGGAAGAACCUGGCCAUAGAGAGGAUGAUCGUGGAGGGCUGUGACAUCCUGCUUGACACGAGCCAGACCUUCGUCAGGCAGGGUUCUCUGAUCCAGCUGCCAUCAGUCGAGCGAGGGAAGCUGAGUAAAGUCCGUCUGGGCUCUCUCUCUCUAAAGAAGGAAGGGGAAAGACAGUGCUUCCUCUUCACCAAACACUUCCUGGUCUGCACACGCAGCUCUGGGGGAAAACUGCACCUGCUCAAGCAAGGUGGAGUUUUGUCCCUGAUCGACUGCACACUCAUAGAGGAACCAGAUGCCAGUGACGAGGAGUCCAAAGCAGGCGGGCAGGUAUUUGGCCAGCUGGACUUCAAACUGGUGGUGGAGCCGUCAGACUUACCUUCAUUCACAGUAGUAUUACUGGCGCCAUCACGGCAGGAGAAGGCUGCAUGGACUAGUGACAUUAGCCAGUGUAUAGAUAAUAUCCGUUGUAAUGGCUUGAUGACCAGUGUAUUUGAAGAGAACUCUAAAGUCACUGUGCCUCAUAUGAUCAAAUCCGAUGUGCGUCUCCAUAAAGAUGAUGUUGACAUUUGCUUCAGCAAGACACUCAACUCCUGCAAGGUCCCCCAGAUCCGCUACGCCAGCGUGGAGCGGCUGCUGGAGAGGCUGACCGACCUGCGCUUCCUCUCUAUCGACUUCCUCAACACCUUCCUGCACACAUACAGGAUCUUCACCACGGCAACCGUCGUCAUGGACAAACUGGCCGACAUCUAUAAGAAGCCUUUCUCUUCUAUACCUAUCAGGGCGCAGUACCACUCAUUUGACCGUCUGUCCAUCUCAUCCAUCUGUCCUGACUACAGUCUGAAGAUCAAGAAGAUAGCCAUGGAUCAGUCUAAGUCCUUGGAGCUUUUCUUUGCCACCAAUCAGAGCAACAGGAGUGGUGAGAACACAAACGACAAAUCUCCUCGUCUCUGCCGCAAGUUCUCCUCUCCGCCUCCUCUGUCCAUCCCGUCCCGCACCUCCUCCCCCGUCCGAACACGAAAGCUCUCCCUCCACUCCCCCAUCACUGGCAGGGUCGGAGGUCUCGACCUCACCAGUCCUCUGUCAAACUCCAGCACCAACAACAGCACCUCCCAGUCUGCUGCCAGUAGUCCUACAUCAGCUCAUACCCCUCAAACCCCAACACCUCAGACCCCGACUCCAACCACCUCCUCUCCUCCUCCUGCCUCUUCUACCUCUCCUCCACCGAACAACUCUAAUCCACCACAAGAACAAGCUCCUCCCAUUCCCACCUCCCCGGACCAGAGUCCCUGCUCCACCACUGAAGGGGAGGAGGUGCCCAAGAUGGACCCCUUCUCUGGCAAACUGAGACGGAGUAUCCGUAGAACUGUGCUGGAGUCUGUGUCACUGGAGAAAAUCAUCCCAGAGUCUCCUCAAACCAGUGAACCAGGAGACAUGUCUCCAUGUCGCUCCCCUUCUACACCCCGGCACCUCCGCUACAGACAACCUGGAGGCCAGUCAGGUGAGAACUCGCGCUGCUCAGUCUCUCCUGCUUCGGCCUUUGCUAUCGCCACAGCAGCAGCAGGACACGGUUCACCACCAGUGUUUACUAACUCUGAAAGAACUUGUGAUAAAGAUUUCAUCAUCCGCCGCGCUGCAACUAACAGAGUUCUCAACGUGCUGCGCCACUGGGUCUCCAAACAUUCGCAGGACUUUGAGAUGAACGGGGAUCUGAAGAUGUCGGUGAUCUGUCUCCUGGAGGAGGUUCUCAGAGACCCGGACCUCCUGCCACAGGAGAGAAAAGCUACUGCCAACAUACUAAGUGCCCUUUCCCAGGAUGAGCAGGAUGAUGCCCAGCUGAGGAUAGAGGACAUCUUACAGAUGGCUGACUGUCCAAAGGCUGAGUGUUUCGAGUCUCUCUCUGCCAUGGAGCUGGCUGAGCAGAUCACCCUGCUGGAUCACAUUGUCUUCAGGAGCAUUCCUUAUGAAGAGUUCCUGGGCCAGGGCUGGAUGAAGGUUGAUAAGACAGAAAGGACACCAUACAUCAUGAAGACAAGCCAACACUUCAACGAUAUGAGUAACCUGGUGGCGUCACAGAUUAUGACCCACACUGAUGUAGGCUCGAGGGCCAGCUCCAUAGAGAAGUGGGUCGCUGUAGCUGACAUCUGCCGCUGUCUAAACAACUACAACGGAGUUCUGGAGAUCACAUCUGCACUCAAUCGCAGUGCCAUCUACCGUCUGAAGAAGACCUGGGCUAAAGUCAGCAAACAGACGAAAGCCCUGAUGGACAAACUGCAGAAGACAGUGUCCUCUGAAGGGAGGUUUAAAAAUCUGAGGGAGACUCUGAAAAACGGCAAUCCUCCAUGCGUGCCAUACCUGGGAAUGUAUUUAACAGACCUCGCCUUUAUUGAGGAGGGAACUCCCAACUUUACAGAGGAAGGACUAGUUAACUUUUCCAAAAUGAGGAUGAUUUCCCACAUCAUCAGAGAGAUCCGACAGUUUCAGCAGACUCCGUACAGAAUAGAGCACCAAGCCAAGGUGACCCAGUACCUCCUGGAUAAGACCCUGAUCAUGGAUGAAGACACGCUCUAUGACCUUUCUCUAAAGAUCGAGCCCAGGCUUCCUGCCUGAGCUACAGCCGAGUAUGGCCAGCGGGAGCCUUCCAUACCUGGACCCCCGAGGGCAACACGCCCAUAUAAUCUCAUCAAUCAGGAGGAAAUGUGUCAGUUUUGAGAAUGACUCUGAAAUAGAAAUCAGUGGGAUUGAAUUGAGCGAUAACGGUUGAAGAAACUUGAGAGUUUUAUGAGGGACUGAGGGAGCACAAGGCAGGUUUUCUAAGGUUUCUGAGAAGAAAGGUUUUGAUUGGAUUGCAUGAGGGUUUGGAGGAAACGGCGUGUCGCAGUGUGUGCUCAUCAUUCCUCAGUGGAAAAGUUCGGCGCACACUACCUCAGACAGCCUGAGAGAGCAGGGAAGGCUGAAUAUAAGAAACACAGUGGGUAUAACAGAGAUGUAGCAUAUACAGAUAGUGUGACAGAGAGAUGUCUGAGCUGGUGUCUCUGUGCUGUUGUCUGUGAUCAGCUGUCUGUGCGUGUCCGUGCCAUGUCCUGGAGUGAGAGCCCUAAAAAAAGCUUUCUAUCAUGAUGGUAAAACUUGCAUGAUUUCAGCUUUGGAUGUAACUGUCUAAAUGGCCUUCAACCCCCCCCCCCCCCCCCCCCCUCCUGAACCCCUCCCCUCAGCUUAGCAUGCCUCACUCUAACCAGGGUGACUCUCUAAGCCACUAUGCAUUCUCUUUGGGCUGGGGAUGAUAAAGCGACUCUAAGCCGUCAAAUAAAAUGCAGAAAAACACAAAUAUGAGACGUACAAAAUCACAAAUUUGAUAUAUUAUGAUAAAGUGGCUUAUUUUUCCAUUGACGAAUCAAGAAAUUCUAUAUUUGUCUUUGUCCUAAAGACAUCCGUGAGAUAAAAAACUGUUUAUUUUUAAUGUCCGCAUGAAUGAUACAAAUGAAAAACUUUAUCAGUGCCUUCCACUAGUGUAGGUCGACUUCCCCACAAACGCCAAUCCACAUGAAGUGAGUUUUAUACAUGAUCCUUCUAAAAAUCUUUAAAUUUCCUAUACAAUUCGGACUCUAGUGUCACUCAUUCACCUACUUUUUUUUCAGAAAAUAGUUUACGUAGACUAAAUAGUAGCAUGUUAGUGUAAACACAGUAAAGUCUUUGCAGCAUCUUAUUGUCAGCAAAUAUCUCCCUCUAGUGUUGAAGCAUUGUUAUAACCUCUACUGACCCAAAGCUUCUGCUGCGUUUGUGUGCAGUUUGAAUUAUUUUGCUUUUUCUAAAUUUGUCCGGUUCUGGCGUGUGUAGUUGGGUCCCGGUGUGUAACUCUUGGAUGUAGGCUGGGACAGUUUUUUGCACUCUCUGAGAUGUAGCUUUGCUUGAGUGACAGUAUGAUCGUUCUGCUAUUUAUUAUUUCAUCAGAUACUGUAUUUAUGUUAUUUUUGUAUAUAGUGACUCCACACAUAUCAUAUGAUUGAUGAAGAAAUAUUUUGAAUUGUUAUGCUGUGAAUAUUGAGUUGUUAUUUUGUCUCUCUUUCUAAUUUUGCAUCCCAGAUUCUUGUAUGCAAGACAUCUGCUUUAUUCUUUGUUUUAUUUAAAAAAAAAAAAAAAAGUCUGUUGAAGGUCAAAAGAUGUAGCAUUUGAAUUAUUUGAGUUUGUUUUCUGUAUUACUGAUAUGAUGAACUUUAUUGUCCUGCAUGCACACAACAGCUGCAUGUUGUGCAUGUCUGACUGGAUGCUUCCCUGUACGUUCCCCCUCUGCUGCUCUAUAUAAAUAUUGUCUCUGCUUAAUGGCAUAAAAACAAUAUUUUGUCCGUCAGAUCUGGCACGUUGUCUUCUAGUGUACCUCAAACAAUCAAGCAUAAUCUUUAGGCUAUGUCAUCUGCAAAACAGCCUGUUGUUAUGCAGUAGCAGUGUUGGAAGUGAAGCAGGCCUCAGUGAAAACAUAAAACAAUGACCUUGUUCCAUAUUGAUCAGAGGAAACGUUUUCAGGCUUUGCUGUAGAAACUUGUCCUUUGCACUGCAUCUGUAAUUCUGAGUGUCUGAUUCACAUACAGGUUUGGGAAUACAGGAUGCUAUGUUUGAACUGUAAUAUUAUUUUUGUGUAUUUGUUUGCAUUUUUCACUUGUAGGUGCAGGGGAAAUAAAUUCAACAUGCCUUA